AUGGACAAAGCCAGAGAGGCAAGGAAAAUGCAAGUAAAUGAGUUCGAAGAGCUUAGGAAUGAAGCGUAUGAAAAUGUGAAGAUUUACAAAGAACGAAUGAAGCUCUAUCAUGAUAAAGCAAUACAACGCAAGGAAUUUCGUCCAGGAAAGCUGAAGUCACGAUGGAUGGGACCAUAUAAAGUGCCCGAAGUGUUUCCUCAUGGUGCAGUGAAAGUUCAAAACCUAAAGACAGGGAGUAAUAUCAAGGUUAAUGGGCAUUGGUUGAAACCAUACUUGGAAGAUUUCCUUUCAAAACAAGUGGUGGAAUACCUCGACGAUGUGAAGUAA